AUGGAGUUGGCUGUAAUCAAUGUGCAAUUUAUGGACAAUGCAUGUUUCGCGUGGGCGGUGAUUGUUGCGUUAUGUCCAGCUGACAAAAACGCAGAUCGUCAAUCUUCGUACCCAUACUACAUAUCAGUGUUGAAUAUGCAGGACAUUGAAUUUCCAAUGCGCAUAAAUCAAAUUAAAAAAUUUGAACGGUUGAACGAUAUCUCGAUUAAUAUUCAUAGUGCGGAGAAGAGAUAUGACGACGCGACAGAGAAAGAAGGAAACGUGGUCGUGCCCAUACGUUUCAUGGAAUAUACGCGAGAUGACAACUUCGCGCGGAUCAAGAAUUUGUCCCGACUCGUCAGCUCGCAGCUGAGCAAAAAGUCACACAAGAAACAUAUUUGCGACCGAUUUUUGCAUUACUUCAGCUCGAGCGAGAAGCUGGAGAGCCGCACUGUCGAUUACCAAAAAAUGAAUGACUGCGCCAUCAUCCUGCCAAACGAUGACAACAAAUGGCUCAGCUUCACCAACUACUGCAGAAAGGAGCGGGUCCCGUUUGUAGUUUACGCCGACUUGGAAUGCACCCUGGAGAAGACACCGAGGGAAGAACAAACGAAACAGUGGGAGAUAUUUCGGAACGCUACGCUGUGUCAUGUGUGCGAGAAAUCAUUCGCGGAGGAUGAUGCACGCUUACGCGAUCAUUGCCACCUGACUGGACGGUACAGAGGUCCCGCAUAUUCCAAUUGCAAUUUAAAUUACCAAGAUAGUUAUUGCAUUCCUGUGGCCUUUCACAACUUAUCCGGUUAUGAUUCACACUUCAUCAUCAAAGAUAUAGCAACCAUGUUCGAAGGUUCAAUCACUGUACUACCGAUAACCAAAGAGAAAUAUAUUUCGUUUACAAAGACUGUAGGAAACAUGACGGAUAGUAGGAAUAAAUGGAUAAAUUGUUUACAAUUGCGGUUCAUCGAUUCGUACAAAUUUCUCUGUACUAGCCUCGAUAAAUUGGCGUCUUUUCUCGACAAAGACAAAUUAAAAAUUGUUCUGUCCGAAUUUUCAAAUUUGUCCGACAAGGAUUUUGAUUUAUUAACGCGAAAGGGUGUUUUUCCGUACGAAUACCUUGAUUGCGUGGACAAGCUACAGGAUCAGUGUUUAUCACCGCGCGAGUCAUUUGACAGUUCGUUGACGGGUGACACGGUAUCCGAGAGCGAUUACGCGCACGCCGCGAACAUCUAG